CACAACCAUGGAUAUCCACCACUUGCAUCUUCAAUCCUCUAAAAACCUGUCUUUCUGCAUAUUCAUCAGCUUACUCUUGUUAACAUUCUUCCUUCUCAAAGUCCAAUCUUCCAUUGAAACAACCUCUUUUAGCUUUAACCAAUUCAGCCCAGAUAUGACUGAGAUUAACUUCGAGGGACAAGCAUAUGCCGAAGAAACAAGCAUUCAACUCACCAACAGCUUUAAUAAGUUGAGUGCCGAAGAUGAUAACAAUGUUGGUCGAGCCACAUAUUACAAGCCAAUUCACCUUUGGGACGACAAGUCUGGGAAUAUUGCGGACUUCACAACUUAUUUUUCCUUUAUAAUCAAUUCCCACGGUAAUGAGAGCAGAGGCAAUGGAUUUGCUUUCUUCCUCACCAACAAGGGUUCUAAACUUCCGCCUUUGUCAGGAGAGGGACGUCUUGGCCUUUUGAGCUAUAACAGUGUCACACCUCCAUUUGUUGCUGUGGAAUUUGACACUCGCAAUUCUUUCUGGGAUCCUGUAGAUGGAGACGAACAUAUAGGCUUCUCAGCAUCCACUGCCAUAUAUAAGUUCGAGGAGCAUGAGAUACUCGAGUGGAAUUUUAACUCAACCUUGCAACUCGAUGAAAAUUUCACCAACCACACUGGCACAGGAGGGGCCAUGAGUCCCAUCGCACGUAUCUCUACAAAAGGAAAGAACAAAGGAUGGAUAUUGGUUGUCUUGGGUAGUAUUGGCGCACUAGUUUUGGUUUCGUCAGUUUUGGGUCUGCUUUGGUGUGGCCAUCGCAAGAAAAGGAGAUCAAGACGGACAGAGGAUGAUGAGCCUGGCAAGGCAAAUGACGAUUUCGAGAGGGAGGACCGACCGAGGAGCUUUUCCUACGAGGAAUUGGUUACUGCUACCAAUAACUUUGCUAGCGAAAGACUUCUUGGGAAGGGAGGUUUUGGAAGGGUAUAUAUUGGUAUGUUGAGCGAAAAUUCCUGUGUUGCUGUGAAGAAGAUUAUCACUUCAGAUUCUCAUCAGGGUUUUAAAGCUUACGUAUCAGAAGUGAAAGCUAUCAGCCGAUCGAGGCACAGGAACUUGGUUCAACUUAUUGGCUGGUGCCGCAACAAGCAAGAACUUUUCAUUGUAUAUGAGUUCAUGCCAAAUAAGAGCUUAGAUUUCCAUCUUUUUAACAAAACAGGCUUGUUGACAUGGGAGAGGAGAAAUAGCAUAGCUUUGGGCUUGGCCUCAGCUCUGCUUUACCUGCAAGAAGAAUGUGAACAAUGUGUACUGCAUCGAGAUAUCAAGUCAAGCAAUGUCUUGCUAGAUUCUAACUUCAAUGCUAAGCUGGGUGAUUUUGGGCUGGCUACGUUCGUGGAACACGGCCAAGGAUCAGACACUACGAGGUUGAUCGGAACAGACGGGUAUGUAGCUCCGGAGUAUCUGCUGACUAGCACGGCUACCAAAGAAUCAGAUGUCUAUAGUUUUGGUGUAGUUGCUUUAGAAAUAGCAAGUGGAAGGCCUGCUUCAAAAGCAGUAAUUAAUGAAAAUGGUGAAAGAUGUCAGGGGAAAUUGGUGGCUUGGGUCUGGGAGCAGUAUCGAAGAGGAAAUAUUUUUGCAGCAGCCGAUCCACAACUACACCAAAAUUAUGAUCGGGAGGAGAUGGAAAGAUUGAUUGUUCUUGGGCUUGCUUGUGCUCAUCCAAAUCAUUCUCUUCGUCCAUCAAUUAGGGAAGCUCUUGAUAUACUCAAUGCCAAAGCUCCAUUGCCCAAAUUGCCAUUAGAUAUGCCUAUUGCUACUUAUCAACUCAACAUGAAUGCAAUUUCUGAAUCUUCAUCCAUUGAUGCUGGUGUCUCUGAGACGAAGUUUUCUGGGUCAAGUGUCAACUCUUAGUCCUUAAACUCUGCAGCAUCUGUUUCUACUUAGUUUUCUAGAUGUGCUAUAAUUAAUCUAGCUUUCUGUGACGUGUUUGGUUCUGUGUUUUCCUUUCAUUAGUUUCAUUGCAAACUUCUUGGUGGGUAUUCUAGUCAAAAUUAUCCUUGCUUCUCCUUCUCCUUCUCCAUGCAUGAUAUACAAAUUUAUCCUUUAAUUUUUUUUUGUCUUUUUCAGAAAACGUAUUAUCUAGAUUGUAACGAUUACGAAGUUGAAAUGCA